AUGUACAAGGAGAACGGAUUAGAUUAUGAGGAUCCUUUCGCUCCCGAGGGAGAAGGCGAUGUCAACUACCGUACGCUGGAAUGGUGGCAGGCGUCAAUGAUCAUGAUUGCUGAGACCAUCUCUCUCGGUAUUCUGUCGCUACCUUCGGUCCUUGCUACAAUUGGCAUGGUUCCUGGAGUUAUCCUCAUUGUUGGUCUUGGUAUUUUGGCAACCUACACUGGAUUGCUCAUUGGGCAAUUUAAGAUCCGUUACCCUGGCGUGCACAGCAUGGCCGAUGCUGGAGAGGUGCUCUUUCAACCCCUUGGGAUGGGCAGGUUUGGAAAGGAACUUUUUGGUGCUGCUCAGACGCUCUACCUCAUCUUCUCCAUGGCUAGCCACCUUCUCACCUGGACCAUUUGCCUCAACACGAUUACCAACAGCGCGACGUGCACGAUUGUAUGGUCCGUCGUCGGUCUGGUUGUCUUUUGGCUCUUUGACUUGCCGCGGACCUUGAAGAAGAUGUCUUGGCUCUCCAUUGCCUCCUUUAUCAGUAUUUUCGUCUCUGUUUUGAUGACCAUGAUUGAUGUCGGUAUUGAGAAGCCCGGCAAGCACACCAUGAAAGCGGUUGAGCAUCCUACAUUCCAGCAGGCUUUCAAUAGUGUGUCAAACAUUGUCUUUGCCUAUGCUGGACACGCUUGCUACUUUGGCUUCAUGAGUGAAAUGAAGACACCGACGGACUGGCCCAAGGCCGUCACUCUCCUCCAGACCUGUGAAAUCGCCUUGUAUGUGAUCGCUUCUGUUGUCAUCUACCGCUUUGGCGGAUCCGAAGUCAAGUCUCCGGCGAUAGGAUCCGCUGGACCAAUGGUCAUGAAGGUUGCUUGGGGCCUUGCCAUUCCAACCAUUGUCAUUGCAGGCGUUAUUUACGGCCACGUGGCAGCCAAGUACAUUUACGUGCGAAUCUUUCGAGGCACGCGACACAUGACCAAACGCUCAGCACUCGCGACCGGCAGCUGGGUCGGCAUCACCUUGUGCUCUUGGGUCAUUGCCUUUGUCAUUGCCGAGAGUAUACCGCAAUUCAACGACCUCUUGGCGCUCAUCUCGGCCCUUUCUGUGUCGUGGUUCUCGUACGGCGUGGCUGGCAUCUUUUGGCUCUUUUUAAACAAGGGCAAGUGGUUCAGCUCGAUUCGCAACAUUUUCAUGUUCAUCUCCAGCAUUUUUGUCAUUGGCAUUGCCUUUGCCAUUUGCGGUAUCGGCCUGUACACCUCUGGGUACUCAAUCCACAACGCCUCCAGCAACGAUGCCUGGGUAUGCAAGAGCAAUGCCCAGUGA